AUGCAAGUUGGUAAAGCUUACAGUCUUUUUUGUAAGAAGUCUAGCAAUUAUUUCCUGCUUCAGCUGCCGAGCCCGCACUGCUGCCUUCUUGUCGCUCUUGAGUGCUCUGAUGUAAUUAGUGCCUUGUUGAUGAUGUCGGGCGAUAUCGAAAGCAACCCGGGGCCUGACUCCAACGCUUUACUAGUUGAAUUGAAGAACUUGUCUGCUGGACAAUUGAAAUUAAUCAGUCAGGUUCAAGACCUGAAAAUUCAUUUAUUGUCGACGGACAAAGCUAUUGCUGAUAUGGGCAAACGCAUGACUGACCUAGAGGGUCAUUAUCAAAAUCUUGUCUCCCUGCGCUCUGACUUUGAAGCCGUCAAAACGUCUACCGCUCAAGUGGCCACCGUGGUACACAGGCUUGAAACGCGUAUUGAUGACGCCGAGAACCAGUCACGACGCAAUAAUCUUAUUUUUUAUGGCCUCCCUGAAUCAACUGGAUCAGAGGCGUUUGCCCAGACCGAGCAACUUAUCAUCAAGCACUGCUACGAUCGUCUUAAUAUUAGCAUCGAGCUGAAGGAAAUUGAGCGCGCACAUCGUCUCGGUCAUCGCACAGGUACUAACCGCCACCGUCCUGUCAUAGCAAAAUUCACCUUCCAUAAAACAAAAGAAUUGAUUCUUUCUAACGGCCGCAAGUUCAAAGGAACCAGCUUCAGCGUUGGAGAGGAUUUCACUCGUUCCGUAGAAAACGCUCGCAGGCACCUCAUAACUUUCGCGAAAAGCAAAUCAUUACCUUUUUCUUUGCGAUUCAAAACACUGCAUAUGGGCCAUAAGCGCUACGUCUACGACGAGCAAACGCAGUCUGUCAAAGAAAUAAUAUAG